UUGUGUUAAACAUGAUGAGUAACAGGAAUGGGAGAGACUCUUUAUUGGGAUCCCUUAACCAUCACCGUAGAGGUCAGAGCUUCAAUGGGGUUGCCAACAAUGAUGACAACCUUGAUCUCUUCUCCAAGAAUCGCCGCUCUCUUUCUGUUGCUUCUUCUGAUGACUCUUCUGAUGUUUCUGUGAAACUGGGGAGGCUCUCAGUUGGAGGACCAGCAAAACCAGCCAGAAGUGGGAUUGAUGAUCUAUUAUCAGCUGCGGAAGGAGGAAAGCAUGAUUAUGAUUGGCUUCUCACUCCCCCGGGGACCCCAGUUUUUCCAGCAUCAGAAGGCGAAUCCCAGUCAACUUUAGUGCCUCCAAGGAGAAGUAUGAGUAGAUCAACUUCUACCACUAAGGCUUCAAGGCUUUCAGUCUCACAAUCCGAGAACUCCAAUCACUCUAGACCAGCAAGAAGCAGUUCAGUAGCUCGCCCUUCCAUCUCCACUUCACACUCACAGUACAGUACCUAUUCUUCAAACAGAUCCUCUACCUCAAUCCUUAACACAAGCUCUGCCUCAGUUUCAUCUUACAUUAGACCAUCUUCCCCUAUAACCCGCUCUACAACUACAACAAGGCCUUCCACUCCCUCUUCCCGCACCACACCAUCAUCAAGGUCUUCAACACCCUCAAAAGUACGGUCAGUUUCCACUAGCUCCUCUAGUGACAAACAUAGACCAUCAUCACAAAGCUCAAGGCCAUCCACUCCUAGUUCUAGGCCUCAUAUUCCUGCAAACUUACACUCCUCAUCUUCUCCAUCAACUCGGUCACUGUCACGCCCUUCUACUCCCACUCGUAGGAGUUCAAUGCCAUCUCUAUCUCCAUCUCCUUCUCCUUCCCCUACUACAGCUUCUUCAACUUCAUCUGGCCGUGUUCCAUUAACCGGGCGCAGUUCAGCACCGGUAUCAAGAGCAAGCUCACCAAGCCCCCGAGUCCGGCCACCACCACAGCCAGUUGUUCCACCUGAUUUUCCCCUUGAAACACCACCAAACCUUAGAACAACAUUACUUGAUAGGCCAGUUUCUGCAGGCAGAUCCCGUCCUGGAUCUGUCACUCUGAAGGGAAACAAUUCUGAAACUCAAGCCUCAGUUAAUAUGCCAAGGAGACAUUCAUCUCCUAUUGUGAGUAGGGGGAGAUUGACAGAACCUGCUGGGAAAAGCCGUGGCUAUGCCAAUGCAAAUGGCCAUCAUGCUGAUGUUCUUGAGCCUAGGAAAGUUCCACAUGCUCCUGAGGUAGUUGCAAGGAAAUCAGUUAAGGCUUCAACCACUACCACUGACAACUCAGGGUUUGGGAGGACUAUCUCCAAGAAAUCCUUGGAUAUGGCUAUUAAGCACAUGGAUAUAAGAAACAGCUCAGGAAAUCUUCGUUCACUAUCAAGCACCACAUUAUUUCCUCAAAGUAUUCGAAAUUCCACUCCCAAGAGUCACUCUCAUCGAGUUUCGAGUGCUCCAGCGUCUGUUGACAUUAAUGGAAGCAUGCUAAGCAGUAACAAUGGUGCUAAUUUUGAUGUGGGAAAUGGUAUUAAUAGGAAUAUGAUAAAAGGAAGAGAGAGAGAUGAAAAACAAUACUCUGCAAAACUGAGUGAAGUGGACAUCUAUGAGAGUUCUCGUUAUGAUGCACUAUUGCUUAAAGAAGAUUUGAAGAAUACAAACUGGCUGCAUGGUGCUGAUGAUGAUAAAUGUGAUCAAGGCCUCAUAUUUGAUAAUGGAUUUGAGCACCUGCCUGAACCUUUUGGUCUCUUGUAGCAUCCAAAAAGGUUCUGCUGAGAGCAUUUUGUAACAUGCUAUUUAUGUUCUGAUUGUUAUCUCAAUUUUUUGAAAGGAUGGGAUAUUUCAAUAUAAAGCUCCAAGGUGGAGAAGUGAAGCUGCAUUAUAUGUUUUCUGCAAUCAGCAGUGAAAUCAGUGGAUUUAACUUUGAUCUUUCUGUUAGAAAAGCAAUGCAGGAAAAAAUUACAUGCAAAGAGGUCCAAGUUUCUUUGGGUGGA